AUGGAUUAUAGAGGACUAGUGAUCUGGAGAGAAUGGAUUGAGGCUAGGAGAAACUGGAUGGUCGGGUUACAAGUUCCAGCAACCGAUUGUGACCUUUACAGAAGAUGUGGCCAAUUCGCGACCUGCAAUCCCCGGAGAAACCCGCUCUGUUCUUGCAUUAGAGGGUUUAGGCCAAGGGACCUCAUAGAGUGGAAUAGUGGAAACUGGAGUGGUGGAUGCAUAAGAAGGGUCUCAUUGCAGUGUAAUAAUGGGAAUGCUGAUGGGUUUCUGAGGCUGAGUCGAAUGAAUCUACCGGAAUUCGCAAUAAGAUCCGAAGCGAGUGCACCAGAAUGCUUAAGGACUUGUUUGAAGACAUGUUCUUGUAUUGCUUGUGCUCAUGGCUUAGGUGGCUGCAUGAUUUGGAAUGGAAGCUUAAUCGGUUCGCAGGAGUUUACUGUUGGUGGAGUCGAUCUUUAUAUCCGUCUUGCACAUUCUGAAUUCAAAACGCCGAACAAACGACCGCUUGUGAUCGGUACACUAUGUGCAGGCGGUAUUUUUGUUGUGGCAGCUUGUGGUCUUUUGGCGCGAUGGAUUGUCAUGAAGAAAAGAGGAACAGAUGCAGAGCAAAUUUUGGAGAGAGUGGAAGCUUUAGCCGGUGGUAAUAAAGAAAAGUUGAAAGAGCUACCAUUGUUUGAGUUUCAAGUGUUAGUUGCAGCGACUGAUAACUUCUCUCUUAGAAAUAAGCUCGGACAAGGCGGUUUUGGUCCCGUUUACAAAGGGAAGUUGAAACAAGGGCAAGAGAUUGCUGUGAAGAGGCUGUCACGAGCAUCAGGACAAGGGCUUGAGGAACUUGUUAAUGAAGUGGUUGUGAUUUCUAAGUUGCAACACAGAAAUCUGGUGAAAUUACUUGGUUGGUGUAUAGCAGGAGUAGAAAGGAUGUUAGUCUACGAGUUCAUGCCCAAGAAUAGCUUAGACUUUUAUCUAUUUGACCCAGCGAAGGCGAAACUUCUUGAUUGGAAGACGCGGUUUAACAUUAUCAAUGGAAUAUGUAGAGGUCUUUUGUACCUUCACAGAGAUUCUAGGCUGAGAAUCAUUCACAGAGAUCUAAAAGCUAGCAACAUCUUGUUAGAUGAAAAUCUGAUUCCGAAAAUAUCCGAUUUCGGGUUAGCCAGAAUUUUCUUAGGCAAUGAAGAUGAAGAAAACACCCGAAGGGUCGUUGGAACAUACGGUUAUAUGUCACCGGAAUAUGCAAUGGGAGGAGUGUUUUCAGAGAAAUCAGAUGUUUUCAGCUUAGGAGUGAUACUCUUAGAGAUUGUUAGUGGAAGAAGAAACUCAAAUUCGACUCUCUUAGCUUAUGUAUGGUCAAUCUGGAACGAAGGGGAGAUUGAUAGUCUAGUAGAUCCGGAGAUAUUUGAUAAAAUCUUUGAGAAAGAAAUACGCAAAUGCGUUCACAUUGGUCUUUUGUGUGUGCAAGAAGCUGCUAAUGAUAGGCCAAUUGUUGCUACAGUGUGUUCCAUGCUCAGUAGCGAGAUUGCAGACAUCCCUGAACCGAAGCAGCCUGCCUUUAUACCGAGGAACGUUGUUUCAGAAGCUGAAUCCUCUGAGAACAGUGACCUUAAAGCCUCUAUCAACAAUGUCUGCAUCACCAAUGUCACAGGACGGUUUCAGAAGCCGUUGUUCGAGCGUUACAUUCACGCUACAGGAGCAUCCUGCUUCAGUGCUCGUAAUUACUAUGAUGUUCUCGGUGUUUCUCCAAAAGCUACACGGGAAGAGAUUAAAAAGUCAUUCCAUGAGCUUGCAAAAAAGUUCCACCCUGAUACAAAUAGAAAUAAUCCUUCAGCAAAGAAGAAAUUCCAGGAAAUAAGAGAGGCGUACGAGACCCUGAGUAAUUCUGAACGAAGAGAAGAAUAUGAUAAGCUGCGCUAUCGGAAUUCAGAUUAUGUAAAUAAUGACGGUGGUGAUGCAGAGAGGUUCAGACGUGCUUACCAGUCCAAUUUCUCGGAUUCGUUCCACAAGAUUUUUUCUGAGAUAUUUGAAGACGAAACUGAUCAGAUUGCUUCUGAUAUUCGGGUGGAACUGUCGCUUUCUUUUUCCGAAGCUGCAGAAGGGUGCACAAAGCGUUUGUCUUUUGAUGCAUAUGUCUUUUGUGAUUCCUGUGAUGGGCUUGGCCAUGCUCUUGAUGCUGCCAUAAGAGCUUGUCCAACAUGCAGGGGUAUUGGACGAAUAACUAUUCCUCCUUUUACAACAAUAUGCCAGACGUGCAAGGGGUCAGGACAUAUUGUAAAGGAGUUCUGCAUCUCUUGUAGAGGAUCCGGUGUUGUGGAAGCCACAAAGACAGUUGAAAUCGGGAUCCCUGGGGGGGUGGAGUCUGAAGCUAUGAUCAAAAUCGAAGGUGCUGGUAAUGUUAGAUCAAGAAAAAGUUUACCUGGGAACUUGUAUAUCAAAUUAAAGGUUGCCAAUGAUUCAACUUUCUCUAGGGAUGGCUCAGAUAUUUAUGUGGAUGCUAAUAUUAGCUUUACACAAGCCAUUUUGGGAGGCAAAGUUGAGGUGCCGACACUAUCAGGGAAGAUACAGCUAGAUAUACCAAAAGGGACUCAACCUGGUCAACUUCUUGUUUUAAGAGGCAAAGGGCUACCAAAGAGAGGCUUUUUUGUAGAUCAAGGAGAUCAAUAUGUGCGCUUCCGAGUUAACUUUCCCACUGAAAUUAACGAACGUCAGCGUGCUAUACUGGAAGAGUUUGCAAAGGAAGAAAUCAACAGUGAAUUGAGCGGUUCUUCAGAAGAAAGCUGGAACGAGAAAGCUCUCUACUGGUUGAACUUACAGGUGGAAUCUAACGAGUCCUCGGCUCAUACGCGAUUUCUCAUUACUGGUGCUGCUGAUGAUAUUGUUGAACAAGUUAAUGGGAUGAAAUCACCACGGGCGAUGAAAGCGGAAAAGCAUUCAGGAGAAGAAGACAGCAGAAGACUAAUCCAUCUUUUUGUUGGGAAGAACAAACAGUUCAACAGCAUAACAGAAGAGUCAUAG